UGUAUCUCACACAGAACCGAACACCGUUAAUGUUUCAGCGCAUGGAGCCGCCCUCCCCUGGGGGAGGAGAAGGGGGAGGAGGGGGAGGCCCCGACGGGACGGGAGGAGGGAUGCCAGGGGUCAACGGCCUCCCCGCCACACAGCACGACCCCAACAGCAUACCUCCAGAGGGUGGGAUGACAGAGAGCCAGUCGUGGGUAACAGCUAAAGCUCAGGAGAUGUUUAACAAGACAGGCAACUGGAGCCCAGAGAGACCCUACCCCGACCAUCUCCAUGACAACAGACACAACCCCCAGACGCUAGAGAUGAGAAAGAUGGGGCGGGACGGGUACUUGGAAACUGAGCCCUGUCACCCAAUGCGAAUGGACAGGCAUGGUCGGACCAUCUCCAUGCCCCGCCUCUCAGACGACAACCAAGUGAGCACCUUCAUCCCCACCAUCAUCAUAAACCCUCCAUUCCUCCUCCUCAUCCCUCCACUCUUUCCCCUCCGUCCCCCUCCUCCUUUUCCUCGCUCUGACUAUCCACUCUGA